AUGAGUGCUAAUCCGAUUGAUGAUGUCAAGGUCCGCAAGCUGUUUCGCAUGCUCGAAGACCCGUCACACCAAGAUGUAGCUCGCUGGGGGAAAGAUGGCGAUUCAUUUGUGGUUGUCGAGGGCGAAAAGUUUACGAGAUCCAUCCUACCGAAGCAUUUCAAGCACAGCAACAUGUCUAGUUUUAUUAGACAGCUCAACAAAUACGACUUUCACAAGGUCAAGCCAUCCGGCGAUGGCGACACAACCUCCCCGAACGGCAAUAUCUUGGAGUUCAAGCAUCCCUACUUCCGCGUCGACAGCAAAGACGAUUUGGAUAACAUCCGCCGAAAAGCGCCGGCCACGCGGAAACCUCAGGUCGCAGAGGACUUCACCACGAGCCAGCAUGUCAGCGUCAUAUCCGAGCAGCUGACGGCUACGCAGCAGCAGGUGCAGCAGCUCCAGGAGCUGUUUGCCGACGUUUCGCAGACCAACAGGCUCCUCGUCAACGAGGUUCUCACCCUGCAGAAGAUGCUCAAUGCACAGAAGCAGGCGCAGCACGAGAUGCUCAACUACCUCUCUCCUUACAACCACAACCGGAAUAAUGCGAUGAUGAGCCACUCGUUGAACUCGAACGGCAACAUGCCGACGGGGGAUGGAGACGAAGCUGUGCCGGAGCUCAGAAGGGCGCGAGAGCUGCUUUCCAGCGUCGCGGCCGACGCCGUAGCUGAUCGUGAGCUUGAGCGUCUGCAUGACAUUUACGAAUCCCCCGCAGACUCGGCAACCAUGGUGACCCCCGUAUCGAUGCCGAUGAUGCAUGACCCUAUGAAUGACAUUAGCCGGUACCCCGUUUAUCCUGUAGGACAGACUGUUGGCAUUGAUCCUUUCCAUUCGGAUCACAUCAACAAGAUUCCAUAUGCUAUACCCAACGAGGGCAGUGCCGGCCCCAUGGACCAACACCACCAGCAGCAACACACGCCGCAGCCCGGGUCAUCCAAUCAGAUGAACAACGUGCCCGGCCCGGCGGAGAAGCCCGUGUCGCUGUGGGGACCAAAGAAGCCUGUUGUGUUCCUGGUGGAAGACGAUCCCACGUGUGCCAAGAUUGGCAUCAAGUUUCUCAAAUCUAUGGGCUGCGAUGUUGAACAUGCCAAUAACGGCGCGGAAGCAUACAGCAGGAUCAGUACCGUUGGCCGUGACCACUUCGACCUGAUCUUCAUGGACAUCAUCAUGCCCCGGUUGGAUGGUGUAUCGGCAACCAUGUAUAUCCGCCAACACUGCCCGGCCACGCCCAUCAUCGCGAUGACGUCAAACAUUCGUCCGGACGAGGUGAAUGGAUAUUUCGAGCAUGGGAUGAACGGCGUGUUGGCCAAGCCAUUCACAAAGGAAGGCAUGCUCAAAUCUGUCAAGACAAACAUGCAACACCUGUUGAAGAACCCACCCAGCCAGUCGGACAACGGGCACGGGUCUGCGUUCAUCAUGAACGUUCCGUAUCUGAACACGACGGUCAACCCGAUCAAAUUCGAGUCGCCUACUCCGCCUGCGGGUGCCAGCGGGUCGAACUGGUCAUCCGGCCACAUGUCCCAGAACGGGGUCGACCAGAACUUUGGGCUCAUGGACGGAAGCAGCCAGUAUAACAUGUCGCAAAGUAGAGGCGCGUACUCGACGAUGGAUGCUUCCUCUGGCCGUAUAUCCGAUCAUGAUAGCCCACCGGAGAAGCGGCAGCGUCUGAAUAACUCGCAACGAAGCUAUGCUUAA